AUGGCGUGCCUCGUGUUCCUGCGGUCUUCGGUAGAUGCCGUGUGCCGCACUGUGAGAGCAACCGCUGAGUCUUUGAGCGGACUCCUGCUAGGAACAGAGGAAGAUGCAGUCAUGAACAGAGAUCCCAUCAUGGAGGUUGUCUCCCAAAAUCCUCAAGAGGCGAUUCGAUUUAUCAAGCUCGUGAUGCUCUUUGGAGCCACAACUGGCGUGCUGGUAUCCGUCCCCUGCAUCAUCUACCUGGUUUUGUACUGGGAUGAAUGCAAAUGUAACAAGCCUUUGCAAUGGUGGGUCCUGGUCUUCAGCGCGCUGCAAGUCUCGCAAGUCCCGGUCAGGUACCUUUUCUUCUUUCAUCUCCACGCCGCCCCCGACAACCGACUCGCGAUCAUUAACACGACUCGCACACUAACUGGCGGACGAGGAUGGAAAUGCAGCAAAUUCGUUUCCAUCCUCAGUUACGGCUGGUUUAUUCUCGGAGUCGUGUGGGUGUUCAACACGCACGAGUGCGCGGAGGCCCCGGGGCUGUGGAAGCUGACUGUUUCUGCCAUCGUCAUCUCGAUGCUGCGUCUGGUGACUACAUUCGUCUGCUUCUGGAUCUCGUUUCCGCCGAACGCGGGCGGCGUUCAAAAUACAGACCGACUGCGCCGCGCGGCGACUCCCGAGCAAAUCGCGAAGCUCCCGCUGCUCACCUACGCGGAAAAAAAGGCGCAGCUGAGGGUUCGCGCGCGCCAGAACAAGAAUGCCCUCGGGGGGGUUGAAAAAGAAGCGCCGCCAACGGAAAAGGGUCGAAACGCCUGCGGAGAGACCUCGGCGAAACAGGGACUCAAUAGUCACCAGGGCGCAGAACGAAGCGGCGGAAACAACGAAAGAAACGAACAGAAUCAAACCCACGGCGAGGCAAAGACCGGCGAUCCUGAACGGGGGGAAGUCUUGCGGAGCUUGACGGCGGCCGCCAAAGAUGAAAGACGCAGCGAGACGGGACUGUCGCAGGGGCGUGGCAGUACAGAGAUACGCGCCAGGCUGGCUUGUUCCCUCCAGGACUCUGAGCACAGGCCGUCUCAGAUGCCUCUCUCGGCGUCCCGGUCUUCGUCAUCUCGACUUCGCCACUCCUCCUCCCCCACGUCGAUUUCGCGAACGUCGAGUUGCCCUGUCGGCGCGUCGGAGAGUCCUUCUGUGGGUUUCUCUUCUUCCUUCUCGCGUUUUCCAGUUCCCUCUGUCCGCGGCGGCGGCGCCGAGCAGGGUUUGUCUCCGCUGUCUCCUUUCACACGGAAGGUAGAUACCGCGACGUCUCUAGCAGCACAGCAGCUGCCAGACACUCUGAGGCAGCCGAGCUCCGAGGCAGCCUCGCGGGCGAGAGACGCAGCGCCUCUGCAGUCUUCCAUGGAGAUUUCAGAAGAGCGAAAGCCAGCAAAUGGCGCGGGCGGCGCCGCGAACCUGCCUGUCCCUCUGCAGGACUUCUCGGCCGCGGGGGCGGGCGCCGAGUUCUCUUCUGUCCAGGAGAACUGCUGCAUUUGUCUGGGCGAGUUCGUCGACGAGGAAGUCAUUCGCGAACUGCAUUGCUCCCACUUCUUCCACCAGCCCUGCAUCGAUAAAUGGCUACUGAAAAACAAACAAUGUCCACUCUGCUUGCGAAGCAUCGACGAAAAUUUCACGUCGGGUACGAAGGCGGCAGAGACCGGGCGUGUGUCGUAG